ACUAAAUUAAGCUAAAAUUAGCCUUUGAAAUCUUAAUUUUAACCUUAGAAAUCACUAAAUUAAGCUAAAAUUAGCCUUUGAAAUCUUAAUUUUAACCUUAGAAAUCCUUAAAUUAACCCGAGAAAUAUUGAGAAAUCUUCAAAUUUAACCUUUGAAACCUUGUAAUUAACGUUAGAAAUCUGAACUGUUUGGAAUUGUAUGAUGGGAGUGAGUGUUUGAGUUAAUAAUGCUGGGUAGAUCAUUGGAGAUUCGUGUGGGUGGUAAGUACCGUUUGGGUCGUAAGAUAGGGAGUGGUUCGUUUGGUGACAUAUUUAUCGGGACGCAUAUAACGACUGGCGAGGACGUUGCGAUAAAGUUAGAGUCGCAUCGUUCGCGACAUCCGCAAUUACUGUACGAGUCGAAGUUGUAUAAAUUACUGGCAGGAGGUGUAGGGAUACCAAAUAUUCACUGGUAUGGCAUAGAGGGCGAGUAUAAUAUAUUAAUUAUGGACCUGUUAGGUCCAUCCCUAGAGGAUUUAUUUACAAUUUGUAACAGGAAACUGAGUUUAAAAACUGUGCUAAUGCUGGCUGAUCAAAUGUUAAACAGGAUAGAGUACUGUCACUCCAAGAACUUCAUACAUCGUGACAUAAAGCCCGACAACUUCCUCAUUGGACGCGGGAAAAAGAUGUCAAUUGUGUACAUUAUCGAUUUUGGGUUGGCUAAGAAAUACCGAGACUCGAAGACUGCGCAGCAUAUCUGUUACCGUGAGGGCAAGAACCUCACGGGCACCGCACGUUACGCGAGCAUAAACACACAUUUGGGAAUUGAGCAGAGCCGUAGAGAUGAUAUGGAAGCUCUAGGAUAUGUUUUAUUAUAUUUCAUGCGGGGUAGUUUACCGUGGCAGGGCCUCAAGGCCACGUCCAAAAAGGACAAAUAUGACAAGAUCAGCGAAAAAAAAAUCGCAAUUCCAGUUGAUCUUUUGUGCAAACAACUGCCAUUUGAAUUUGUCACCUUUAUUAACUAUGCCAGGUCAUUGAGGUUUGAGGACAGACCUGAUUACUCGUACCUCAGACGCAUACUCAAGGACCUGUUCUUCAGACAAGGAUACCAGUAUGAUUUCAUAUUUGACUGGACCUUUUUACACACGGCACAGCUCAUGCACACCAUGAUGACCGAGGAUAUGGACAGAUUCGAACGCAUCACCAAGGAACGAGAACAUGAAGAUACCAAUCCCAGACUCGUACUAAAAAAUAAACAAUAACAAAUA